AUGAUAGAUGUGACAACAGAUGAAGUAAUGGCUAAUUCAACAGAUGUGGCAAAGAAUAAAACAAUAGAUGAAAUAGAUUUAACAACAGAUACUUUAAUAAUCCCAUCACUUUCUUCAUCUAUAUCUUUCUUGACCAAUGAAAUGACCAGUGAAGCAGUCAGUGAAAUAACCAGUAAAGAUAGCUUAAUAAGUAGCAAUGAUGAUUCUGAAUUCGAAUUAGG